UAUAAAGUCCCAAAAACGCCACCAUUUGAUAAAUACAAAUAACAUUCCUUUUCUUCAUUAAAAUUAGCUUAUUCUUGCUUGCAAUGGCAGCCUCAAGCAUGGCUCUAUCCUCCCCCUCUUUCGCCGGAAAGGUGGUGAAACUCACCCCUUCCUCCCCCGAGCUUUUCGGCAACAGCAGAGUCACCAUGAGGAAAUCUGCCACCAAGUCGGUUUCUUCUGGAAGCCCAUGGUACGGACCUGACCGUGUUAAGUAUUUGGGCCCAUUCUCCGGCGAGCCUCCAUCCUAUCUUACUGGAGAAUUCCCGGGUGACUAUGGUUGGGAUACUGCUGGACUUUCUGCUGAUCCUGAGACCUUUGCCAAGAACCGUGAACUUGAAGUCAUCCACUCUAGGUGGGCUAUGCUUGGAGCAUUGGGUUGCGUGUUCCCAGAGCUUCUUUCCCGCAACGGUGUGAAGUUCGGAGAAGCAGUAUGGUUCAAAGCCGGUUCUCAGAUUUUCAGCGAAGGUGGACUCGACUACUUAGGAAACCCAAGUUUGAUCCACGCCCAAAGCAUUCUAGCCAUUUGGGCCUCCCAAGUUGUUCUCAUGGGGGCCGUCGAGGGAUACCGUAUUGCCGGUGGUCCACUAGGGGAGGUGACCGAUCCCAUCUACCCAGGCGGGAGCUUUGACCCAUUGGGACUUGCAGAUGACCCGGAAGCCUUUGCAGAGCUGAAAGUGAAGGAGCUGAAGAAUGGAAGAUUAGCUAUGUUCUCCAUGUUUGGAUUCUUCGUUCAAGCUAUUGUCACUGGAAAGGGUCCACUAGAGAAUCUUGCGGACCAUCUUACUGACCCAGUCAACAACAAUGCUUGGGCUUACGCUACCAACUUUGUUCCUGGAAAAUGAGUCAAAUAAUGUAGCAUCAUCUGCUUCAAUCACUUCCCCAUUCAACUAAUUUGAGUGUGAAAUGGAAUAAUGAAAGAAAUCUUGCAUUGUAAUAUUUCAAUUCAAAUUAAAUGAGACUGUGUUUUGAGUCUAUUUGUGCAA